AGUGAAAACCAGAUGGACCAUGUGUAAUUAGUGAUUGAAAAAGUUUAUUCUCCAAUUGGCCUCCCCACUGAUUGAAAAGUUUAUUCCCGUCAUCCACUGACUGAUCUAGUGGGUAGGUAGUCAAUCAUUAUAUCUGAUAUAUAUUUUGUUCACAUACACCUGUCCUUAAUUACUUACAAAAAGAAGCAAGCAGCAGAUUCAUAGAGAUCCAGAUCAUCAGCAUAAUCACGUUGCAGGUCUCACUGAAAGUGUCAAAUGGAUUUUUUAUCAGCAAUCGUUGGUCCGGUUGUUGAAUCUUUAUUGUUGCCAGUCAAGAAACACCUGGGUUAUCUCCUUUCUUCUACAAAACAUGUUAGGAUCAUGAGUACUAGGAUGAAGCAACUGGAUGGUACAAGUGAUGAUGUCAAAAAGCACAUGGAAACAAACAAGAUAAAUAAUCUGGAGAUACCUACUCGUGUACCGGAUUGGUUGGAAGAAGUGAACAAGAUUAAGGAAGAUGCUGAAAGAAUUUCAAGUAACGUCAGUGGAUGUUUUAACUUGAAAAUGAGGUACAGAGUAGGAAGGAAGGCAUUCAAGACUACCCAUGAGAUUGAAGCUCUUAUUAGAGAAAAUGUUGAUACUAUCUGGCAUGAUGCUCAAAAACCUCUUGGGAAAGUGAGUUUUAAAAUGGCAUCCACUUCUAAUAGUGAUGCCCAGAAUUACUUCAAAUCCAGAGAGAAAAUUUUUAAGGAGGCGCUUGGUUUGCUUCAACAAGAUCAAAAGGUCCAAGUGAUAGCCUUAUGCGGAAUGGGUGGUGUGGGGAAGACCACAAUGAUGGAACAAUUGAAAAAGACCGUGGAAGAUAAGAAAAUGUUUGAUUGGGUGUUGAAGGAGGUUAUUGGGCAAAAGAUAAAUAUAUUUUCUAUUCAGCAAACCAUGGCAGAAUACUUAGGACAUCCUUUAACUGAAACAAGUAAAACAGCAAGGGCGGAUCGUCUUCGCAUAGCAUUUGGGAAGUUGUCACAAGAAAGUAAAAAGAACGUAUUAAUAGUACUAGAUGAUGUUUGGGAGAAGGUUGAGCUUGGAGAUAUUGGACUAAGUCCUUUGCCAAACGGCUUUAAGUUGUUGCUCACAUCACGAAAUGAAAAAGUUUGCACACAAAUUGCCGUAGAUGCUAAUGCGGAUCUUAGAGUUGUUAGAGUAAAAGUGAUGGAGGAGUUAGAAGCGAAUAAUUUCUUUUGUGAAAUUUCAAAAGUUUCAAAUCCGGAGCUCAAAGAUAUAGGAGUUGAAAUCGUGAGAAGAUGUGGUUUCUUGCCCUUAGCCAUCAAACUCAUUGCAACAAACCUUAAAUCUCAAGAAAAGUCGGUAUGGAGGGAUACACUUCGCCGUUUGAAGGAAAUUGAUCUCGAUGAGAAUGUGCAAAGAAUUAUUGAGAUAAGCUAUACCUUUAUAGCUGAAGAAGAUGCUAAGGCAGUUUUUCUGCUUUGUGGCUUGUUUCCAGAUGACUCAAAUAUUCCGAUCGAAGAUUUGACAAGAUACGCAUGGGGGCUUAAGUUGUUAAAGAAAGUUUGUACAUUGGGGGAUGCUAGAGACAGGAUAAAAGCAUGUGUACUCAAUCUCAAAAGUGCAAAUUUAUUGCUCGAUAGUGAUCACUCCGAGUGUGUCAAAAUGCACGAUCUUGUGCUUGCUUUUGUGGUAGCUGAAGUUUCUAAAGGCGAUCAUCUAUGGAUCAUUAAGCACGGUGAUUUUUCAAAUUUGAGUAGAGCUGAAAUGAUCAGGGAGUUUUGCAAAACAAUUUCUUUGACGUGUAUGGGCAUGUGUGAGUUCUUAAGGGACUUUAACUACCCAAACGUAUCCCUAUUGAGAAUUGUGAACGGCGAUGAAUCAAUUAAGUCGCUUACGUUUCCUGAAGAUUUUUAUGAGAAAAUGGAAAAACUUCAAGUUAUGGCAUGUGAGAAGUUGCAAUAUCCAUUGCUUCCCAGAUCGCUUCAAUGCUCCACCAAGCUCCAGACAUUGUGUCUCGAUCAAUGCUCAUUGAUGCCUGAUUGCUCUCCUAUUGGUGAGUAUCUUUUAAACUUGGAAGUGCUCAGCUUUGCUCAUUCUUGCAUCAGUUAUUUACCAUCUGCAAUCGGGAAUCUAGUGAAGCUAAAGCUACUGGAUUUAACAGGUUGUAUUAAUCUCUAUAUCGAUGAAGGUGUCUUGAAAAACCUGGUCAAGCUUGAGGAGCUAUAUAUGACGGUUGCCGAUAAAAAGGGAGUCAGAUUCACAGAUAUAAACUACAAGGAAUUGGAAGAACGCUCCAAGAAUCUUUCUACAUUAGAAAUUGAAUUCUUUGAGACGAAUCAGAAGACAAAGAAUAUGUCAUAUAAUAAACUUGAAAGAUUCAAGAUAUCUAUGGGACGUUUUCUAGAAACAAAUAAGGGCAAAGACAUGCACUCAUCCGAAAACACGUUGAUGUUCGAUACUAACAAAGAUGAAUUGUUGGAAUCUGGAAUGAAUGAGUUGUUUUCGAAAACAGAAGUGCUUCACUUAAAAGCCAGUGGCAUAAAUAACCUUGAAGAAGUUUUACCAAAGUCUGUAUCUCGACACUCGUUUUAUAAUUUAAUAGUCCUUUGUGUUUCUGGGUGUGCGGACUUGAGAUACCUCUUUACAUUCCCAGUAGCAAGUGGACUGGUGAACCUUGAGGUUCUCAAAAUUAGUGAAUGUGACGUUUUGGAAGCACUAGUAUACAGUGAAAACGGUAAAGAAGGGGCCAUUAGGUUUGAGGAGCUAAAGCAUCUAUCGUUGCAUGAUCUACCAAUGUUAGUAGUUUUUUCCAACACUAAUGAUGUAAUCGAUCUACCACAUCUAGUGGAGUUGGAACUUAGAGGCCUUCCAAAUUUCACUAGUGUGUAUCCAGAGUAUAAAUCAGCAACAUCUACUAUGUCGAGUAGUAGUUCUGCUGUUAAACCUUUCUUCAACAAAAAGGUUAUGAUCCCUAAGUUGGCGAUAUUGAAAAUUUAUGGGAUGGAUUCAUUGAAGAAUAUAUGGCCUUGUGGUAGCGAAGUUGGUUCCUGCUUAUUACGAGAGAUUAAAUUGGAAAACUGUCGAAAUCUUGUGAAUAUGUUUCCGAGCAAUCUGAUGCCAUUGCUGCAUCAUCUUGAAACAAGCGAUGUUGGUUCUUGUGGUUCCAUUGAAGAAGUGUUAGACAACAUUGAUGUUGGAAAUCGUGAUUAUUUUGAAGAAGUUUUAACGAAAUCAGUACCUCGACACUUGCUCUCCAAUUUAAGAGACCUUUGUGUUUCCAGGUGUGACAACUUGAGAUACCUCUUUACAGUCCCAUUAGCAAGUUGGUUGGUGAAGCUUGAGGAUCUAAAGAUUGGGAAAUGCCCUGUUUUGGAAACACUAGUAUGCAGUGAAAAUGGUGAAAAAGGGGACAUUAGGUUUCAGGAGCUAAAGGAUCUAUAUUUGUAUGAUCUACCAAUGUUGGUAGGUUUCUCCAACUCAAAUGAUGUAAUUGAUCUACCGCAGCUAGUGAAGUUGCAACUUGAGGACCUUCCGAAUAUUACUAGCAUUUUUCCAGAGUAUAAAUCAGCAACAUCUGUUAUGUCCAGUAGUAGUUUUGGUGUUAAACCUUUCUUCAACGAAAAGGUUAUGAUCCCUAAGUUGGAGAUAUUGCGAAUUGUUUGGAUGAACGCAUUGAAGAAUAUAUGGCCUUGUGGUAGUGAUGCCGAAUUUGAUGCUUGCUUAUUGCGACAGAUUAGCGUCGGUGCGUGUCAUAAUCUUGAGUAUAUGUUUACGAGCAAUCGGAUGCCAUUGUUGCAUCAUCUUGAAACAAUUGAUGUUAAGUAUUGCGAUAAUCUUGAAGAAGUUUUACUGAAAUGCGUAUCUGGACAUUCAUUUUAUAAUUUAAGGGUCCUUCAUGUUUCCACAUGUUACGACUUGAGAUACCUCUUUAAAGUCCCAGUAGUAAGUAGUCUGGUGAAUCUUGAGCGUCUCACAAUUAGGAAUUGCCCUGUUAUGGAAGCAUUAGUAUACAAUGAAACUGGUGAAGAAGGGGCCAUUAGGUUUCAAGAGCUAAAAUAUUUAUCUUUGGAUGAGCUUCCAAUAUUGACAGGUUUCUCCAACACCAAUGAUGUAAUCAAUUUACCGCAACUAGUGGAGUUGGAACUCAGACGUCUUCCAAUUUUCACUAGCAUUUAUCCAGAGUAUAAAUCAGCAACAUCUAUUAUGUCCAGUAGUAGUUCUGCUGUUAAACCUUUCUUCAACAAAAAGGUUAUGAUCCCUAGGUUGGAGAUAUUGCAAAUUCAUAGAAUGGAGGCAUUGAAGAAUAUAUGGCCUUGUGGUAGCAGCGAGGAAGUUGAUGCUUGCUUGUUGCGAGAGAUUAGAGUGCGUGCAUGUGGUAAGCUUGUGAAUAUGUUCCCGAGCAAUCCGAUGCCAUUGUUGCAUCAUUUUGAAACAAUCGAUGUUGGUUUUUGUGAUUCUCUUGAAGUGCUAUUUGACAUUGAUGUUGGAUGUCUUUGUGAGAUUAAACAAGGCGGUAGUAAAUUGAGAUCCAUUAUUGUAUUUUCUUCGAGGGAGCUUAGAGAGGUGUGGAGGUUGAACGGCAUAAUCAACCCUGAUCUCAUCAUUCGUGGAUUUCAAGCUGUUGAACGGAUAGAAAUAAAUGGUUGUAAGAGCUUUAGAAAUAUAAUUACACCUACCACUGCUCGGUUGGAUCUGGGAGCACUCAAGGACAUUAAGACAUAUGGCAGCGAUUACCGGAUAGAUAGCAACCAUUACAAGGAAAGUGAAGAAGUAAACAAUGAAUUGGUUAAAAGCAACCAAGAGACAUCAUAUGAUUGCGAAAACCCAACGGAAGCUAUACUAAGGGUUACAAGUACACCUAGAAAGAGAUAUCCUGCUGACAUCAAAAGUUUUUCACAUGAACUAAACUCAGAAGGUGUACGGCCUCUUCCAAUAUGGAUGCCCCGUGGUUUAAGUAACUUAGAGUGGGUUUUGGUGACUGUACGAGCAAAGUUUGAAAAGGCAAAAGAAGAAGUUGACUGCGAUCUGCAUAUAUUUGCAGCAUAUCUGCUUGGUAUUGCUGGGAAGAAUUCAGAAAGUCAACCUGAAUGGCAGGAGUCUUUGGGGGAUUUGCUGGUCUUGGCUCAACGAUGUGUCAUGACGAGCCCUGCAGAGUUUUGGCUUCAUUGUGAAGACAUUGUUCAAGAGUUAGACGAUAGGUGUCAAGAACUUCCAAUGGGCAUUCUAAAACAAGUUCACACCCGUAUGCUUUUCAUACUCACCAGAUGUACAAGAUUUAUACAGUUCUAUAAAGAAAGUCAUUGGCGGAAGAUGAAAUUGAAAUCGUUCCAUAAGUUGUCUGCACUUAUCUAAGAGGUUGUUUAAAUAAGCAAAAACCCCUAACUGAAAUUGAAGUUUUAAAUUUUAUGAAAUUCAGUGGACCUUUCUAUACUGUAGGAGUACGUGAAGAGGAGUUGAAUUUGGAAAUAGUGUAGAUUGCAGAGCUGAUUGUUUCUUUGAUAAACACAGCUUUCAUUGGCCAUUUAGGCUAGUUAUUGUAAGUACGAUGUUUAACUUGUAAUCUAUAUGUUGGUUUGGCUAAUGAGAACUUUAAAGUAUUUAAAAUA